AUGCCACUCCAACUUCAGCCAGACGUCAAAGUUGAAUACGACCCCAAAGGUAUGCCAUUCCGUAGACUUGGCCCUAGCGGUUUGAGGGUACCUCUAUUCUCUCUUGGAGGAUGGCUCACUCUUGGAGGAUCUGUCAAAGGCGAUCCUGUGAAGGAGAUCAUGAAAACUGCAUUCGAAAAUGGGAUCAACAUGUUCGACACUGCAGAAACCUAUGCAAAUGGUAAAUCGGAGGAAGAAAUGGGUCGCGUCAUCAAGGAAUUGGGUUGGCGCCGCACUGAUAUCAUCAUCACCACUAAGAUAUUCUGGGGAGUCGGUCGCAAGGACCCUAACGGAGGAGGGUUGUCCAGAAAACAUAUCAUCGAGGGGACGCAGGAAAGUCUUGCGCGGCUGCAGCUCGACUAUGUGGACAUCAUUUUCGCCCACCGAAGCGAUCCAAAUGUCCCGAUGGAAGAAGUCGUCAGAGCCUUCAAUUUUGUGAUUGAGAAAGGAUGGGCAAUGUAUUGGGGAACAUCUGAGUGGAAUGCUACUGAGAUCGAGGAAGCUCACCACAUCGCUACCAAAAUUGGACUUAUCGCACCUGUAGUUGAUCAAUGCCAGCAUAACAUGUUUACCAGGGAAAGACCAGAGAAGGAAUACGCGCCGCUGUAUCAGAAGUACAAUUAUGGAACUACUACUUUCUCUUCGCUGUACUUUGGUCUACUGACUGGCAAGUACAAUGAUGGCAUACCUCCCGGUUCCCGCUUUGCUACCGAAGGCGACUUUAGCAACAUGUCUAAGGAGCUUCAAGAGGAAAAAGGAAAAGAAAUGAUUCGCAAGGUUAGAGAGUUGACAGUGAUUGCAGAGAAAGAACUCAACACCACAAUUUCAGCACUCGCUUUGGCAUGGGUUGCAAGGUAUCCGAACACUUCAACUGUGAUAUUGGGCGCAAGUAAACCAGAACAGAUCUUGGAAAACCUCAAAGCAAUAGAAGUUGUGCCCAAAUUGACUGACGAGCUAUUGAAUAAGAUCGAUAAAAUAUUAGGGAACAAACCAGAUGCUCCACCUACAUAUGGAAGACCUCCGUUGGAUCCCUUUGGGCAAUAUGGCUCCAAGGCUAGGAAAUUGUAA